AUGGCUCCUAAAUUUGAACAGGUGUUUACAAUGAGAGGAUAUAUGAAUAAAGAGAAUACGGUUAACCUCAAUGCCAUCAAGAACGGGGCAACUCGAAUCAUCGUCCCUAUCACUCACGGAUUCAUCAAGGGUGCCGGCCUCGAAGCCGAAAUCCUACCCGGCGGUGGUGACUGGAUUUUGUUGGAUGCUUCCACGGGUGUCUCCCAUCUAGAUGUUCGCACUCAGGCCCGAACUUCCGAUGGUCAUUCACUCUACGUACACUACCACGGCGUCCUGAAAGUUGACGAGGCUGGGCAGCAGGUGCUUGGGUGGAGCCCGGACGCCAAAACAACCAAGUCUGGGGAUCAUGAAUGGUUCUCUGCUCCGAUCAUGGAGACGAGCGACCCGAAGUUCAAAUGGGUUGAGACAAGCCUGUGGGUUGGUCAGGGACACUGGGUGGUUGACGAGACUGGCUACGCGGUAGAAUACGAGAUCUACAAGGUGGUCAACUAA